CUGUGUCGGGUUUUCUGGCUACCCGAAAACGCAGGGCUGGCCAAAAUGGCUGCGCGGUUAACGGGAACUGUGAGGGUUUUAAACAAGUUACACGCGUCAAUAGAUGCGGGAAACUACUACGAAGCACAUCAGAUGUACAGAACCAUUUACUUUAGGUAUCUUAACCAAAAGAGGUACAACGACCUCAAAGAGCUCCUCUACGAUGGUGCGUUAAAAUUACUGACGUUAAAGGAGUGCAAUAGUGGUGCUGAUAUUGCAAACUUGUUGGUCGACGUCUUGUCCAAGUCAGAGACAAAACCCAACGACGAAGAGAUUGAACAUCUGGGCACUCUACACGCACUUUUAAAUGCAAGUUCCCCCGAACGAACGGCAUUCCUCGUGAAAGCACUGGAGUGGUCCAGCGACGCCUCCCAUCCGAGGGGUCACCCUCUUCUUCACCGUUUCGUUGCCCUAACAUUAUGGAAAGAAAAGAACUACGCGGAGAGCCGGUACCAUUUCAUCCAUUCGACAGACGGUGACAGUUGCGCGGCGAUGCUGGUGGAAUUCCAGACGUCCAAGGGUUACAGCAGCGAGAUUGACCUGUUCAUAGCGCAGACUGUAUUUCAGUACCUGUGCCUUAGGAAGGCAUCCACAGCGACGGUUGUGUUCUAUGCCUACACCCAGAAACAUCCCAGUGUCCAUACGGGACCUCCUUUCUUUCUGCCUCUCCUCAACUUCAUCUGGUUCCUCUUGCUGGCAGUUGAGACCCGGAAACUGGCAAUCUUCACAGUGCUCUGUGAGCAGUACCAGCAGACAAUAAACAGGGACCCGAGUUAUCCUCAGUACUUGGACAAAAUUGGUCAACUCUUCUUUGGACUGCCACCACCGCCAAAGCCACAGGGAGGUUUUGGCAACCUUAUUCAAACGCUGCUGGGAGGCCUUGACGACGCCGUUGCCGGCACAUCACGCGGUUCCACGUCGGGAACGGCAGAUGAGGUUGAACCUGAAGAGCUCGACUAACACAAUUAGGGACUCCAACAUUUUCCUCAGAGAACUAUUUUCGAUGCUGCGAGCGGUCCAACAAAUUAAUGCUUCUCACUGGCUCGUGAAAGAGGGGGAAUGGAGUGAGAAAUCCAGAUGGGCAAAUUGAAAUUUACGUUUGGGAGCAUGAAAUGAAUUUACUUGUGUACAAAUGUUUUUGCCACUCUGGGUGAUUGGGGGAGUUGCGCAACCUCUGUUGUUAAAACUGGAACAGUACUUGGCACACUGCCGAGCAGCAAUAAAAAAAAAAAGUGCGAGCUUUGGUGGAGUACCCUGAACCUAUGUACUUGCGUUAUUUUAUUAUUAUUAUUAUUCGGACCCCAGUGAAUGAGAUUUGCUGGUGUGGCUUUAGUUCUGGUUUGAAUAAAAGAUGGUAUCGGU